ACUGCAUGGGACCAUACACUUGAUCGUUUGAUUCACUACCUACCCGGCUACUUGCAGGCAAUUGAAGGUUCUCCUGCCUACGAGCUACGCUUGCCUAUAUUAUCUCACAGUGACUUUCCUCCUGUUCAAUCAUUUCUAGCCCACUUGCCUUUCCAGCAACGUCACUUGCUUAAUGCAACCAUCCGAGGUUUUUCUUCGGGUCAGGUCCGAACAACGACAGUAGGUGACGCUUGGGCGCGCCAGAUGAGCCAAUUUGGUCACUUGGGUAGUGGCUGUUGCCUACCUUUGACCACUACUACUGCUUCUUCUAGUGUAGCAGUACAACCCGAGCCUGUCCAGCAUAGCGAUAUCGAGAGACCAGUGAGAUUCCAACUACCUGCCCCCGGACCCUCUGCUAUUCCGGUUCAAUCGGUCCUCGGACGGGCUCGUACGCCCUCUGAACAAGGAAAUUUAAUGUCUGUAAAUCAUCAACAGACGAAAAAGGUGCAGCUACAGCAAGAUCUGCAUACUCAGCCUCCACAACAGUUGCCUUUCAAGCGUCCCAUAACACAAAUCAGACUAAGAAAUGCUCUUCAGUUAGUAACGGGGACAGAGGGCGAUGAUAUAGUUGCCGUUGCUGCAGAUGGUGCUAUCAAUCAUACUGAUGCUGGGUCCGGACUCCCUAUUACUAGACAAGACUUGCCUCUAACUGUUGUUUAUAGUGCCGCGGAAUCUAGUGCUAGCAGUACUACUGCUCCCGCCACACAUUCGGCAGCUAAUACCGACAUUGCUAUUGCUGUACACACUGGUAGUGAUGCCGAUGGUAACGGUGGACAGGCUGCUAUAAAAUGUGCUGAAACGAUCAAAACUUCUGAUGGAAUAGUUGAAAUUGAGACUGUCCAUCCCAUUCCAGAUAAUAUUCAACAGUCUUCUCACAAGCCAAGCUCCGGACUUCAUUUAUCCGAUAAGGAGGUGAAAGAGAAAUAUCUCUACGGUUUAUAA